AUGUCGGACGCCAAUGACUCUCAGCGGAGGCGUCAGCCCUUGAGAGAUGCAUCGAGCCGAAUCAACCAGUCUAGGUCGCCAAAUGUCGAGACACCGCGCCUAAGGAUCGAGGAAUCAGAGCAGAUGAAGAGUCCUGACAGGAUGUCUUUUCCUAUGACCCCAACCCCAUGGAGAAACAAAGAAAAUGAGCGCCUAUCCGUGGCUACCGACCUGCAACCCGACUCAGCCCGAAACUCGAUCAUGUCUGCCGCAUCUCUCCUGUCUUCCAAAGGGAAAAGAAAAACACACGUGGGACCAUGGCAGCUGGGACGAACACUGGGGAAGGGGGCCACUGGACGGGUUAGACUAGCCAAGCAUGCUGUCACCGGACACACGGCCGCUAUCAAGAUCGUUUCAAAAAAGUCAGCUGCUAUGGUUCAGAGUGAGAGUAUCGCAGCAAUGGACCGGAAUAUGGGAAACUUCCCUAACAAUUCAGCCACCCGACAAAUGCCCUGUGGGAUUGAACGCGAAGUGGUCAUCAUGAAGUUGAUUGAACAUCCGAAUGUGAUCAGUCUCUAUGAUGUCUGGGAGAACCGUGGAGAAUUGUACCUUGUCCUUGAACAUGUCGAGGGUGGAGAGUUGUUCGAUUAUGUAUCUAACAAUGGUCCACUGCCGGAAGAAGAGGCUGUGCGACUAUUCCGACAAAUCAUUGCGGCCCUCGGCUACUGUCAUCGUUUCAAUAUCUGUCAUCGCGAUUUGAAGCCCGAGAACAUCUUGCUGGAUGCGAAUCAUAACGUGAAACUGGCUGAUUUUGGUAUGGCUGCACUGCAACCUGCAGGCCACUGGUUGAACACUUCAUGUGGUAGUCCUCAUUAUGCAGCACCGGAAAUCAUUUAUGGCCGGAAAUAUCGUGGCGACAGAGCUGAUAUGUGGAGCUGUGGUAUUAUCCUGUAUGCCCUUUUGACUGGUUAUUUGCCUUUCGAUGGAGGUGAUUUGGGAAGCACCCUGCGGCUUGUGAAGAAAGGGGACUACAUAAUUCCACCCGAGUUGAGCGACGAAGCAGCAGAUCUCAUCCAGCGUAUCCUCCAAAAGCGUCCGGAGGACCGGGUAUCCAUGCAAAACAUUUGGUUGCAUCCAUUGUUAACCAAAUAUGAAAAGCUUCACAAUGCCAUGGUUGACCACUACGUCGGUCCACCUCCUGCCCUGUCCGUGAAGGACUGCGGCAAAACCCUGUCCUCUCAGCAGGACAUUGAUCUUGAUAUCCUUCGCAAUUUGCAGACUUUAUGGCAUGAUGUCAAGGCCGAGGAACUAAUUCAGAGGCUUCUAUGUAUCGAACCGACCCAUGAGCGGAUGUUCUACAACGCUUUGGCAAGAUUUCGCGAUGAGCAGCUUGAGAACUACCAAGGACAACCUCUAGAGCACUCAGCUAGUGACUAUCACCACAUCUCCCGCCCCGGUGGUAGAGUUCGUCGAGGCCGCAGCCAGACGGGCCAGGGUAAUUCCAAGUGUCGCGCCCAGUUCCCAUCUGUCAAAGAGUUCCCUCGUCGGGUCAGUUCCUUCAAGGAACCGAUGUCCUCCGGUUCUACUGCAAGCUAUGACCCAUAUCGGUCACCCAACCACAGUAGUACAACAUCGGAAGCACAGUAUGUCAAUAUUACUGUCCAUCGAGAGUCCUCGGAGAAAUCUCAAGCUAUUCUAUCAUCGCCAAGGGUGAACCCCCCGCCCUCCAUUGCGGAGGAGCAAGAGCCAGAGGAAUUGGACGGGCCAGAUGGAUCACCCUUCACUGUUCUCCAGAAGCGGAAGCACGGGCCCAGCUCUAUGAAGUCUUUCGUCUCUUCCAAGGUACCUCAUUCCAGCUCCCGGGCUCCCGGGUUGUCGACACACUCCAUGAGCUAUCGACGCAACGUUUCCUUCCACCACGCUCGCAACCGAUCUCAUGGAAAUGCAUCUGCCAAACAAAAGAAGAGAAAGAUUGCUGCGCCAACUCAGCAAACUGAGAUUAAGCGCUCACCGAGCACCUGCAGCUUGCAGCUUAUGGCAGAUGGCCUCGAUCUCCCGGACAUGCCAAGCAGCCCGCCCCUACCAGCCCAGCCAACCGUGGUACGAACGAAUGGUCCGAAAGUCAAGAGCUUGGGGCAAGUCAGAAAGGUUCGCGAAACAGACUACACGUGGAGGGAGGACACGCGAAAAGUGUCCCAUGAGCUCAGCCAGAUUUGCGAGGAGGCAUUCAAUGGAAGCUCUGUUACAACUAUUCGCACCACGAGUGGUGGAUCUGGAUACGAAACACCGGCGACACCAGUGUCAAUGGCAAGCCCUGAGCAAGUUCAUCCUACUCCGACAAUCCCGGUAUCUAAUACUGCCAAGGACUCAUCUCAGCCUUACAAUAUCAAGGAACUUACUGAGACACGUCAAAAGCUUAUUGAGCAUAGCCGGGGUCGAGAGGACAACGUUGGUGGCUAUCUUUCCGGUGUCAUUACUCAUCUCGAUCGCUUGAUUGAAGAAGACCAAGUCAAGAAUGGUACACAGAGAGAGCUGGAUGUAGCGUCUUUCCAAGAUCCUUUCGUCACUUCACCGAAUGAGCCCUCCCUACCUAUUUCCAAUGAGAAUUACGCAAGCCCUGUCCGCGGCCCCAUUGAAACCAGCCCUCGACGUCAGCAAAAGCCACGGGGGUCGGUCGCUACAUAUCAGGGCGGUGAUGCUAAGGCAACUAUCCGGAUGGUCCCCCACAGCUCACUUCCCUCCAUGGAGGAGGUUAAGCCCUUGACUAUUCGGAAGAAGAACUCCAGCAAGUUCGUUUCACCACACGUUCAUGAAUUUACUAUGGGUGACUCUAUGGGCGGCGAUCAGAAAUUUUCAAUUGGUUCUCGACGUGGUCGUCAACCUAGUGGCCUGGCUCCCAUUGAAGAAGUUCCUCUGUCUCCUAAGAAAACAACACCCCGGGCCCCCGAAGGAAAGAAAUGGUCAUGGUUUAAGCAUCGCGUUCAGGGCUCUGAUACUCCUCCUGCUCUCCCACCUAAGGACACCCACCUCAUCAUCCCCAGUGGAGGAACGACUGUGCACGAUCCAAUUACCCUCGAGCCCGCUUCUCCUCCCAAGGCAGAGAACAAAGAGCGGGCCCCAAAACGAAAGACAUCUAUGGAUCGCUUUGGCGGUGGCUUUUUCAAGAAACUUUUGACAAAAAAGUCCACCCAAAAUAUGGAAGAACCUCCUACUAACCCGGAGAAAGAUAUCCAAACCACGCCAGCCAAGGAUAAUCGUCAUUCUUCAUUCAUGUGCAAGGGACUCGCAGACACUGACAGUUCGACUGAAGCUGACGAUCCGCCAAACCCAUUCAGCCAAAAGCGCCGCUCAAUCGCCAACCACAACUGGUUUGCCCGGGUUUUCCAGAUCAAGCCUGCUACCCAAGUCAUUGCGUUGAACACUUCAAAGGUCAAGGGACGCAAGGAACUAUACAAGCUCCUUCGCGAGUGGCGGGAUUUCGGUAUGGAAGAUGUGUACCUGGACAAGACCAACAGCAUAGUUCACGGUCGUGUCAGCGAAGCAAAUUUCCUCCAUCUUCGAGAGGUUGAGUUCACUGCUGAAUUUUACACUGUUCUUGAGCACGGCCACCAAGCCAACCUCAGCUUGGUCCGCUUCAAACAGGAGCGUGGCGCCGCGUCGUCUUUCAACAAGGUCGUGGAGACCGUGCAGACCACACUAAUGCGCCGUGGCAUGGUUGUUGAAGACCCAGCUCGUGCAAAGAAAAUGUCGCGCGUUCUGGACUCUGUUCCUAACCGCAAAUAA